GUUAAUGUUGAAAGUGUUGUCAAAAGCAGAUCUGGUUGAAAGGAUUAAUAGCAGCCACCCAACCAAAGAGAGAUAAGUUUUAAUUUUUUGUCUACUAUAGAAACAUAACGGAUUAUUUCCUCUGCUGAUAACGUAGUCAACUGAUUGCUCUCAACAGUUCCACGCACGGAUCUGUAUAUGAGGUACCUGCACGAAGAUCGACCCGCAAUACAUUAAAAUGGUCAAACUAUACGCGAUCAGUGUGUUCUAUAAAGCACCAAACGAUGCUCGAGUGCUAAAAUCGACUUACGACCUACAGAGUUUUUCCUUUUUUCAAAGAGGAUCAGUUCAGGAAUUUAUCAGUUUUGCCAGCAAAACACUCGUCGAGCGGACACAAGCAGCGGCACGCCAGUCGGUCAAGCAGGAUGUCUACAUGUGCCACGUCUACGUCCGAGCGGACAAUCUCGGUGCGGUGAUAAUCUCCGAUCACGAGUACCCCCAUCGGGUAGCGCAUACACUGUUGACCAAGGUUUUAGACGAUUUCAGCGCCAAAGUUAGUUCAGAUCAGUGGCCUUCCGGUAAUGAGUCUUCGAUCGAUUUCAAAACUCUACCGGCUCUACUCAGUAAGUAUCAGGAUCCACGCGAAGCAGAUGCACUGACGAAAAUGCAAGAAGAUUUAGAUGAAACAAAAAUUAUCCUCCGUAAUACAAUCGAAGCCGUGCUGGAACGGGGUGAAAAGUUGGACGAUCUGGUGUACAAAUCGGAAUCCCUUUCAAUGCAAAGCAAAGCGUUCUACAAAACGGCUAAGAAAACUAACUCCUGCUGUAACUUUGGCUAAAUCCUAAGCGUCGCGAAAGGCAACUUCCACUCAACCCACCAAUUGUGCUGAGGACUAGACGAUUAACUUUUAAAACACGAUUUGGUCAGUGCAUUUUCCAUGUGCGGGUUCUCCGGAGUGUAUUAGGAUCAGCAUGAUUUUAUAAAUUAUUUUAUGCGUUUAAAUGUUCUGCGGAGAGAUUUGCCUAAAUGUAUUGCAAAUCGUUCCAUAUUUGCUGAAGCAGAAGCGAAUUCGUUUUGGGUAACAUCUGAGUAUUUCCGGUGUUAAAAUUCUUCGAUACAAUGUCCUCGAUGGUUAUAUAAUGAUCGAAAAUGCUGAGUGGCAAAUUAAUCAAUUACAUUAGCAACUGAUUGACAUUCUAAACGAAAAAAAUGAAACUAUUUUCAAAAAUAUAUAACGAAUGAUGGAAGUUUCACGGAGAAAUAAUUCUAAUUUUAAAUUGCAUUAUUUUUAAGAGCAUCUCACCAGUGCUUUAUUUGAGUGAGUUUAAUCAGAGUAAAUUAUGAUAUAUGAGAUUCUCUGCAUAAGCACAGACUAAACACGACGACUGAUUAUUCCACAGAAAACACUCCAUAUGGCAUAAUAUUUAUUGCAAGACAGCGACAUUUGCGUUACGACGUAAUGAUUUUUCGAACAAAUAUGGUAUCAGUCAUUAUUGAGAAUGUAAAUCUCAUUCAUGAAAAGUGGUAAAAUAUCCAGGAAAGCAUUCAAAAAGAUUUUGAACCAUACAAAUAAAACGAAAUGUAGAAAAUCUAUCGGGGAAUUUCUACUUACAAAAUGCGUUAUACCAAGCGUCCAUGUCAUUUCUUCAUAACUAUUAUGCCAUAAGAGGCACACCAGAAACAACAAUUGAUAAAACCAAGGAAAGUUUAAGCGGCGAGUAGGGAUUCCAUUCACCGAUUACUCUAGGGUAAUUUUGAAAGGAAUCGUGAUACAAAAAAGGUAGAUAUUUCAGUGAUAAGUAUUAUUGUUGAAAUGGAUUGAUCAAUGACUGAGUUCCGAGUUCGUUAAACCGUGAUAUAGCUAUGGGAACUUAACCAACAUUAUAUUCUUUGUUGAGUAAAUCCUGUCAUUGAAAGAUUUCUAUAUGUAAUCACCGUAAAUUACCAAUAUUGUUUCCAAUUGGCCAAAACGAGCUCUAUGGACAAAUUAUGAUAUACCCACUAUUAGACCCAAGAACAUUAUAUCUUACUCAUUUCAAAUCUCGCGAUUUGUAUCUGGCCGCUUUCAAGCUACUAUAGAAAUGAAUUGAAUCAUCACCUAAAGCCAGCCAUUGGCAAUAAGGCAAGGUUAGGCAUCACGUGUGCAAUGUUCAGAUGAAAAGGCAAACAAUAAACGAAAUGCAACAAUAAAGCUAUUAGUUUAAAUGUGAAACGUUAAUAUUGUAAGAAAAAUACAUCAACAUAGUUUAA